AUAAUUAAUAUGCGAUAUAAGGAAGUCUUCGCCGCAGCCACAGUUGGCCUGUACAACAGAGAAGAAGGCGUCCACGUGAAGCUGAGGGCCCACCCCCUUCCCAGCCACCAUAAGGGACCGCAGGGGCCGCUCGUUGGUGCACUGCAUUGCCAACGCCAAGUUCGACGACGAGAGACCAUGCUGGGAGGCGGUCGAUAUCAGAGCAUUUUUUGAUCAAGAGAAACCCUUUCCUAACGCUAUAGACCACGGGGGUUUUGUUUGCUUAUAAUAUAGAAAAACUUUAUGUUUGACUGUGUGUGUGUUUGCAUACAUUUUUUAUUCAAAAACUAAAUUUCGACGGAGUAUCCUACAGUGUAUCAUACUUUAGGUCAAACGGCUCUCCAUGUCGUGGCGGAUCUCACUCUAAAGAAGCCGGGGGCCAGAGUGGUUUGGGGCGGGAAGGCGUGCUCCGUGUCGGAGGCGUGGCUUGAAGUGGCUCGCCUUCUCGUGGAAAAAGGAUGCGACCCGAGGAUAAAGGACCACCGAGGCCAAAUUGCCUCGAAUAUCGCAAGGGGGAACAAUAACUUGCAACUGGCUGUAUUUUUUGAAAAA